AUGAGCCGCCCGGGGAUGCUGGCCGGGCCCCGGAGCCCGAUCCGCACCGAGCCCUUCGGAGAGGGCUUCGCGCUGCUGGGCGGGGAGCUGGGCAGGGGCAAGUUCGCGGUGGUGAAGAAGUGCGUGGAGAAGGCGACGGGCAGAGAGUUCGCUGCCAAGUUCCUGCGGAAGCGGCGGCAGGGCGAGGACUGCCGGCCCGACAUCCUCCACGAGGUCGCGGUGCUGGAGAUGGCGGCCGCCAGCCCCCACGUCAUCGGCCUGCACGCCGUCUACGAGACGCCCCGCGAGAUCGUCCUGGUGCUCGAGUGCGCCGCCGGCGGGGAGAUCUUCCACCAGUGCGUGGCCGAGGAGGACGAAGCCUUCACCGAGAAGGACGUCGUGCGCCUGCUGCGGCAGAUCCUGAGCGGCGUGGCCUUCCUGCACCGGCACGGCGUCGUCCACCUCGACCUCAAGCCCCAGAACAUCCUGCUGACCCGCAGCAGCCCCCCGGGUGACAUCCGCAUCGUGGACUUCGGGCUCUCGCGGCGGGUGGAUGCGGUGCAGGAGGUGCGGGAGAUCCUGGGCACGCCGGAGUACGUGGCUCCAGAGGUCCUCAGCUACGAGCCCAUCAGCACGGCCACCGACAUGUGGAGCGUGGGGGUGCUGACCUACGUCAUGCUGACGGGCGAGUCGCCCUUCCUGGGGGACAGCAAGCAGGAGACGUUCCUCAACAUCGCCCAGGUGAACGUGCGGUACCCGGCCGAGCUCUUCCAGGGCAUCUCCCCGCUGGCUGUCGACUUCCUCCGCUCGCUGCUCAUCCGGGACCCCAGGGAGCGGGCGCAGGCCCAGCAGUGCCUCCAGCACCCCUGGUUGGCCCUGGGGCCGGACGCGGCCGUCGGGCUGGCAGCGUCGGAGCAGGCGGAGGAGGAUGCGGAGCCCCCAGUUGGCCCUGAAGGAGACGAGGAGCUGGUGCUGGUGGCCUCCUGCACGCUGCGCUGCCCCUGCCCGCAGCCCGGGGAGGCUGAGCCGGGGGGGAAACCGGUGCUGGCCCCCCGGGAAGUGGCCCGGGAGGUGCUGAGCUGAGGGCGGCCGUGCCACCGGGCAGCAGCAGCUCGGACAUUGGGUACGGCCAGCGGGGCUUGGCUGGGAACCGGCGUCCCGGUGAGGGCAGUGCCGGCAGCCCCAAACCGGAGGAGCCCCGGGAGUGGGCCCCGGGGGGCUCAGCACCGGGGUGCUCAGCCUGCAGCUGCU